AUGGUCUCCAUUGAUGCGCUCGUGUACAACCUCCUGAAGCUGAAAGCUCCACGGGAUUUUGUUCUCACGGUGCUCCUGGUGAUCUGGACGUCCGGCUUGUACGACCUGAAGGAGGAGUACGACUGGCUGGAAUUCUUUGCUGGUCACGCAGCGAAUACUCGUUGCAUUCGUCUACGGGGCUUUCGCGCAGCAAAGUUCGAUAUCGACUACUUCCCAAAGCCAACUGGGGAUGAUAUCGAUGGGGAGGCAUGCAGCAACUUCCAGGACAUCACAUCUCAUUCGGGAUUCUGGGUCUGCCUCCUCUUGUACCUGGUCACGGCCUGUGGUGGGACUUGGAUCGUUGAACAGCCGGCCGGUUCCACCAUGGAGUUCUACCCGACAUGGCGGCAUUUUGUGGUGUCCCUUUUUCAAUUGGGAGGAGUGGGAUCCGUUACGCGCGCGGGAUGGUACAUGGGGGCGUACUUUGGCAACAGCCUGAAGCGGCAGUACGCUUAUUCCAAUUCUCCGGCAAUCCGUCGUCUUGACAAAGGUAAACUUCAGAUGAUUAAAGCGAGGCUUGAGAAAGCAGGCAACAGAACCAAAACCCGCCGUGCCAAACCCGACAAGAAUGGAAAGCUUCGCUACUACGGAACCAAAGAACUGAAGGGCACAGAGACGCUUGUUUGGAUUUAA